AUGAGCGGCGCGCUGGACGAGGCCCUCGCGGCCAUCCACACGGCGACGAGCCUCCUGUCGGAGCUGCGCUGCGACGGCGAGGUGUCCGGCGACCACGAGGGCGGCGCGGACGCCGACGCCGCCCCGGCGGCGCCCCCGCGCGGGGCCGACGAGCUCCGGGGCCUCCUGGAGCAGCUCAGCGGCGUGAGCGUCCAGGUGCUGCUGAGCGCGACGAGCCCCGGCUCCACGGUCCUCGUCGCGAAGGACGACGACGACAGCAGCGACGACGACGGAGACGAGCUCGUGAUGACGGAGCUCGACCCCGCGGAGGCCGCGGCGACCCUGGGCCUCGCGGCGCCGGCCGUCGACGACGGCGGCGACGACGGCCUCAGCAGCGACGACGAGCCGCUGCAGAGCGCGCCCGUCACCCUCGGCUCCGCGGACAUUGCGAAACUCAAAGCCGUGAACGCGGGCCGCGCGGCGCCGCGCCGCGCGCCCGCGGCCAUCGCCUGCGAGUACGUCGCCUACGCCGACGAGGUCCUCGACUUCCUGCGGGGCGGCCACGCGGCCUUCGCGCACCUCUUCGACAAGUCGCUCCGCCGCGCGCACGGCGCGCGGCGCGCGACGGUCAAGGCGCGCCGCGCGGCGCUCGACGGCGCGGCGCCGCCCGCCGGCGAGUCGGCGCCCGCGGCGGCGGCGGCGCGGCCGGCCUACUCGCCCCUCCACCGGCCCGAGGUCCCCGACGCGGUCGCGCGGCUCGAUGCGACCGACGCCGCGCGCUUCCGCGCGGCGCGGCGGAACCGCGCCCCCGCGGCCCUCGCGGGCGCGCUGGGCAGCGGCGACGAGGGGCGCGUGCGCCUCGCGGCCUGCGCGCUCGAGCCCUUCCUCGAGCUCCUCGGGCCGCGGCGCGUCGUCGGCCUCCGGCUGCCCGGCGGCGGCGGCGCCGCGCCGCCGCGGGCCGACGGCCCGCCCCGGAGCGUCGCCGACGCGCUGCGCGUCGACGACGUCGCGGCCCCCGCGACGGCGCCCGUGACCGCGGCGUCCUUCGCGGCCUGGCUCGGCUCGCCGCGGAAGGUCGCCGCGGCCGCCGUCUUCGGCCUCAACGGGUCCGUCGCGGGCGCGCUCCUCGAGGCGCCCCUCGCCCAGCUCGGCCGCGACCUGGGCCUCGAGGCGCGCCCGAACUUCGCGGGAGAGCUCGAGGCGACGUGGGCGUCGCCGGACCACGCGGAGCCCUGGGCCUGCGGGCCCGCGGACGCCACCCUCCUCGCGCUCCACGGCGCGCUCGACGCCGUGCUCGUCCCGCCCAAGGCCCUCGCGGACGCCGAACGCGCGCCCGGCGCCGCGGCGGCGGCCGCGCCGGCCGGGCCCUGGCCCGAGCGCGCGCGCGGCGCCGCGCUCCGCGCGCGCGUGCGCCCGGGCGACGCGCUCUUCGUGCCCGCGGGCUGGGCCCUCGAGCUCGCGGCGGCGCCGGGCCAGGACCUCGCCCACGUCCUCUGGGUCGCCAAGACGUGGCUCACGACGAACCGCGACGUCGCCCACUGCGUGCCGCCCGAGGCCCUCUCGGGCGGCGCGGACGACCCCGAAGCUCAGCCCUACACGGUGCCCGAGGGCGGCGCCAUGGGCAUCCUCUUCGGCGUGCUCUGCCUGACGGGCCUGCUCUGCGUCGCGGGCAUCGUCCUCGACAAGGGGUCGACGUUCAAGGACGUGCUCCGGCCCGGCGACGGCUUCCUGAGCGCGCGCGGCCAGAGCGCCUGGUACUCCAUCGCGCUGAGCUUCUUCGCGUCCGGCAUGGGCGCCUGGAUCGUCUACGGCACGACGGAGAUGGGCGCGACGCGGCCCAUCUCGUGGUGGGGCGUCAUCGGCUACUCGACGGCGUCGGCGUUCCCCGCGGUCCUCCUCUGCUGGCUCGGCCCGCGCAUCAAGACCGUCGUCGGCGCCGCCUCCGGCUUCUCGGCGACGGACUUCGCCCUGAGCCGCUACGGCCGCCUCAUGCACCUCCACGUCUGCUGCAUCAGCUGCUUCUACAUGUACAUCUACAUGGUCGCGGAAUUGACGUCCAUCGGCAACGUCUACGCCACGUUGGUCGGCAAGUCCGUCGCCGGCGACGACUCCGAGCACUUCACGACGAAGAUCGCCAUCUGCGUGGCGCUCUUCACCUGGGCCUACACGGCCCUCGCGGGGCUGCCGGCGUCGAUCCUCACGGACAAGUUCCAGGGCGUCGUCAUCACGUGCGUCGUCAUCAUGCUCCUCGUCGCCACCACCACCCUGAAGUCCAACGAGGUGUCGAAGCAGGAGUACGACGACGCCACGGGCUGGUUUUCGAAAGGCUUCGAAGCCCUGGUGACCCUGUGGAUCGCGAUCUGUUCGGCGGAGCUCUUCAACCAGGGCAACUGGCAGCGCGUCUGGGCCGCGCGGUCCGACAAGGACAUGAAGAUCGGCUUCCUCGCCGGCGCCGUCCUCGUGACGCUCGUCAUGUUGUUCUUCGGCGUCAUGGGCACCAUCGCGUACGCGCGCGACCGCGAGUCGUACGACACGUGGCAGAAACUGGCCUACCUCUCCUUCUUCGACCUCCUGCGGAACCUGCCGCGCUUCUGGCACUACGUGACCCUGGCGCUCCUGACGACGCUCGCGGCGUCGUCGUUGGACACGCUCCAGAACGGCAUCGCCUCCGUCUUAAGCCGCGACCUGCUCAAGCAGAAGCUCAACACGAACUGGUCGCGCCUCGUCGUCGUCGGCUUCAACAUCGCCGCGAUCAUCCAGGCGUCGGACCGCUUCGAGGUCGUGCCCCUGUUCCUCGUGGCGGAUUUGGUGUGCGCGACGGCCGUCUUCCCGCUCUUCCUGGGUCUGUGGACGGACGAUUUGGUCGUGGGCCCGCUGACGAUCCCGGCGCCGACGGAGCUCGGCGCGUUCCUCGGCGCCUUGGCGGGCAUCGCCGCGGUGAUGGUCAACGGCGAGAUCAACGACGUCAACAAGGCCGUGAACCCCUACACGGGGAAAGUCUACGACAAGUCCGCGUUCGCGUAUUUCUGGGGCAUCAAUUCCAAGUCCGACGGCAGCCCCUACGAGUGCGCGCUCUGCGGCACGAAGCUCAUGGUCACCUUCAUCGUCGUGCCCCUCGUCUCCGCCGCGGCGACGGUCAUCUUCUCCUACGUCGACGUCUACGUCGGCGGCGACAAGGCGAAGCAGCCCUUCAUCAUCGUGCCGCGCCUCGACGGCGACGACGACGCGCUCCUCCCGGCCAAGGACCUCGAGCUCGACGCCAUCCAGGUCGCCGACGACGACAAGAAGAGCCCCGACGAGGAGCUCACGAAUUAG